AUGUCGAACAUGAACGGGGUACACAACCUGGAUACCAGCGCGUCCACAACUGAAGGCGGUGGGGACCGAUCCCUUGGGGUAGGAGGUCAUAAUCAUCAAAAUGCGACUGCAGCAAGCGACGACAAUGGUUCUCUAUACUUCGUACGGCCAAACUGGGAUUCGUCCGACGGGUGCUUUACAGGGUUUGAUUGCGAUCUCGAUCCCCUUAGGUCCCAUUAA